GGUGCCAACAAGUAAAGACAGAAAGCGCCACAUUGUUCAAUGUUGGUCGCAUGCUUUAAUUUAUUGCUUUCCCGGUACGACGUGUGUUGCGUUGUUGCCUAUAGUAUAUGUAUAUAGGUAUUGGUAUAAUUGAGUACACGUUGAAUUAUUUGACGGUACUUUUAAUAAGUCGUUGACGCGUGUGGUCACAAGAACGGUGCUUUUAAUCCUGGGAAAUAAUGGUUGCAGUAAAAGGUCGCAAAAAUUCAAAUAAAAACCCUCCUAUAUUCAGUCAUGAAUUCAUUAUUCAAAAUCAUGGAGAUAUUGUUUCUUGUGUGGCUAUGAUCUUCAUAACGGGUUUAUUGCUACAGGUAACAUCACCAUGGGCAUAUACAUUUAUCGCUAUUCAUCACAAUAUAACUUCAGAUAUUGAAGAUCCGACUAUGCCAAUGAAAUAUACUACUGGUUGGAAAGACGCAUGUGCUAUAUUUUUCUCUUUCUUGAUAACAAUUGUAAUGCACGCCGUAUUUCAAGAUUAUAUUUUUGAUAAAGUUUCAAAACGUCUACAUCUUAGUAAAGUAAAACUUGCUAAAUUUAAUGAAUCCAGUCAACUUGUUUUAUUUUAUAUACUAUCUGUUAUAUGGGGUAUAGACAUAAUUAUCAGAGAGGACUUGUUAUUAAACAUAACUUUAUUGUGGAAGGAAUACCCUGUGCCAAUGUCAUUUUCCUCAAAAUUGUUCUUUAUUUGCCAACUUGCUUAUUGGUUGCAUUGUUAUCCUGAAAUAUAUUUUCAAAGAGUAAAGAAGGAAGAUAUACCUCCUCGAAUUGUACAAGCAACUAUUGGAUUCUUUUCCACUGUUGCAGCUUAUAUCUUUAAUUUCCAGCAAGUAGGAAUCUUACUAUUAGUUCCACAUUACAUAGGAGAUGCUAUGCUUCAUGGAGCUAGGCUUGUACAUUUUGUCGGUAAAAAAGAAAAGAUGACAAAAAUGGCAUUCCUCGUUGCUAACUCGAUGUACGUUUUCGUACGCGUUGCAACGUUGCCUAUUGCAACGUUAGUGUUUUUGUAUGGUUUAGGCCAAGUUGAAAGUGUAUUCAAUUUCGCAACUGGAAAUUUUAAUAUUCCAGCCAUAAGAUUUACAGCUUUGACCUAUAUCAUUAUCUUGCAAACGUACCUUUCUUAUGUAUUUAUUUCGAGGCAACUUAAGCGUGCCCGUGAAAAUGUAGUUCCUGUACAAACAACAGUGAAAUCAAAACAAAAGCCAAGGAAAAAAGAAGGAAAAAAAACUGCCAUGUCCGAGGAUGACGAUCUGCCAGAAGUUGACCAAGCGACUAAGAAAAAUCUUAGAUCACGUUCAUCUACGAAAGCUAAAUGUCAAAUAUUUAAAAUAUUAUUGAAAAUGGCUAAACGAAAAAGUUUAAACAAACGUCGGUCUAGAUACAGUUCUGCUAUUUUAAAUUCCGAUACGGAUAUUUUUAGUGAUGAAUACCCAUACUGGUGGAAAAAGUUGGAAGACACUUCGUUAACGCAACUAUCAACUGAUUCGAAAUUUUUAAAUCAAACUAGUCGUCAUUUAGAUUCUAAUUCACAAAUAGAAACAAGCCAGGUUACAGGUGAAUGGUGGAAAAUAUUAGAUGUUUCAAGUAUUCCAAAUUCUCCCAAAAUAAACGAAGAUGUCGUAGAAAAAAAUUCAGCUAACAAUGUACCGACGUCAGAAUCUGAAGAAGAACUUGAAAUUGCAAAAAGCAAGCAUCAAUUGCGUUCAAAGGCAAGAAAAAGCAAGGAUAAUAUAUUUUUGAACGUUUUAAACGAUUCUGUAACAACCAAGUCAGACGUUAAAAACAAAAGUAAUAAUAUAAUAACGUCUGAAUCAGAGGAAGAACCGAAAAUUGCAAAAAAGAGACACCCUCUGCGUUCAAAGGCAAAACAAAGCAGAGAUAAUAUUUUUUUGAAUGUUUUAGAUGAUUCUAUGACAACUACGUCAGAAGUUACACAGAAAAAUAAUAAUGUAGUAACGUCGGAAUCUGAAGAAAAACCUGAAAUUGCAAAAAGGAAAUUUCCCUUGCGCUCUAAGACAACAGAAAGCAAACAUAAUAUUUCCUCGAAUGUCUUAAACGAUUUUAUAAUAACUAAGUCAGAUGUUAAAAAGAAAAAUAAUAAUGUAGUCACUUCAGAAUCCGAGGAAGGAUCUAAAAUUGCAAAAGAGAAAAAUCUUUUGCAUUUAAGGGCAAAAAGAAGCAAAGGCAAUAUUUUCUUGAAUGUCUUAAAUGAUUCUAUGACAACUAGGUCAGAAGUUAUAAAGAAAAAUAGUAAUAUAGUAACGUCGGCAUCUGAAGAAGAGCUUGAAAUUGCAAAAAGCAAAUACCAUUUCCGUUCAAAGGCAAGAGAAAGCAAAGAUAAUAUUUUUUUGAACGUUUUAAACGAUUCUGUAACAACCAAGUCAGACGUUAAAAACAAAAGUAAUAAUAUAAUAACGUCGGAAUCAGAAGAAGAACCGAAAAUUGCAAAAAAGAGACACCCUCUGCGUUCAGAGGCAAAACAAAGCAGAGAUAAUAUUUUUUUGAAUGUUUUCGAUGAUUCUAUGACAACUACGUCAGAAGUUACACAGAAAAAUAAUAAUGUAGUAACGUCGGAAUCUGAAGAAGAACCUGAAAUUGCAAAAAGGAAAUUUCCCUUGCGUUCUAAGGCAAUAGAAAGCAAAGAUAAUAUUGGUUCGAAUAUAUUAAACGAUUCUGUGACAACUACGCCAGGAAUUGCACAGAAGACUAAUAAUAUACUAAUGUCGGAAUCCGAAGAACCUAAAAUUGCAAAAGGAAAAUAUCUUUCGCGUUCUAAGGUAACAGAAAGCAAAGAUAAUGUUUUUUCAAAUGUUUUAGAUGAUUCUACGACAACUAAGUUAAAAGUUAUGCAGAGAAGUGGAAAAAAAAGUUCUAAGAGUAAUUCUGCAUCAAGUAGCGAAACAGUUGCUAACAUUGAACAAUUAAACAAGAUACAAGGAUAUAGUUUGAAUCACAGUCAAAAGACUGAUGAUAUUUCAAAACUAAAGUCUAAUAUUUCAAAGAAUAAAAAUAAUGAGUUACAAAUGGCAACAAACUACUUAGUUCCUGCAACAACCGAAACAUCAGUUUCCAGCGAAACAGAGUCGAAUCGGUUUGCAUUAAAUUUUGAGGAUGAUUCUAUACAUUUUGCGAUGCCAAAAGCGCAGAGUACAAUACUCGAAAGUAGCAGUUUGUCUGUACAUAGUAGCGCUAAGGAAAGCAAUAACAGUGACACAUACCAUAAAAUAUUAAAAUGGAAAUCAAAGUUGUUAACAAAUAAUAAUAAGAAUGCAAAGAAGAAUUUAUUUGAAAAUGUACUUGAAGAUCAAGAAAGUACUAUUAAAAUAGGAGAAAAUGCAACAACCGAUGGAAUAGCAGAACAUUCACAGAAAUCAUCAAAGGUCUCUGAAGCACUACAUCUUUCUCGAUUGCCGUCUUCUCCUUCCAAAAAAGCAAUUUCGUCUCCUUCGCGACAUUCAACGGUGGUCAAAACGUGUACAAACACACAUAGCGAGGAGCCAAAAGGCCAGACAAGCAUCAGGCACUUUUUGAUGUCGGAUAAAACAUUGCCGACAUUGCAAAUGUUUUCGGAUAAAGAGAAAAUAGAUGGAAUAAAACGAGAAUUAGAGAGGGUGAAGGAACGAGAAAUAGCUCGUAUGAAAAUAGAUAGAAACAAGCAAGAAGUUCAAAAGAAGUUGCCUUCGCGGGAAGAAAAAAUAAACAAAAUUGAGAAAAAUACGAAGUCGACAUUGCAGAAGCAACGUCCUAUGAAACAAGUCCAUAAGGCUUUUUUGGUGAAUGGGCGAGCGUACAGAGCCCCUCGGCUUCCCCGUCCCCAAUACUGGAUUACCGAUCGUCUUUAUAAAUACUUGUGGAAGUGUAUGGAACCGAGAUUCAAGUUGGAAACUAGAGUGGUUUCUGAAAAAUUUAUACAUCAGUUGUCGAGUGUAACAACGUUGAUCGCCAAACGUAAAUCAUACUUGAAUUAUAAAGUUGAAUUGUACGCGUUGAUGAAAGAAAUGGCACGGCUUGAUAUUAUUCAUACUCGAAACGAUUUUUACAAUUUUUGUCAUGAUUUCUUUCCCUAUGAGCUUCGCGUUAAAACAGUGCCAAUGUUAUUACCUGGAAACAAGAGAAAUAUACCAUACGACGCGGACACACUGCACAAACCUCUUUUAGUCCCUUGAACUGUUUGUUGUACAUGACGCUGUUACAUUUAACGCGAUUCAUACCACAAAAUGUAAAUAAAUAUAUUUUCGUUAUGUUCAAAGGAAGGAA